GGUAAGUCCUGCUGAAGUUCGGCAGCCUGCCUGUCCCCUGGACACCAUGGGCACUGGAAGGAUGUUCCCCGAGCCACUGACCAAGAAGGCCCUGGGGUCAGUGGCGUUCAGGGAUGUGAUUGUGGACUUCACCCAGGAGGAGUGGCUGCAGCUGAAGCCUGCGCAGAAGGACCUGUACAGGGACGUGAUGAUGGAGAACUACUGGAACCUGGUCUCACUCGACUUGGAGACUAGUCCUGAAAUGAAAGAAUUGGACCCACAGAAGGACAUUUGGAAAGACAGACCAUCCAUUGCUGUUGUGGCAGAAGGACCCACAAGGAAUGGUGCCCAGGAUUCUGCCUGUGAAGGAGCAGGGAUACAGGGCGACCUAGUGGGGCAGCGACAGGGGAGCCUGAGGACUUCUCUGGGGUGCUUGGACAUGUCCCAAAUGUUAUCCCCCGAAUAUCUUGAAUUUAAGGCAUUUGUCCACCAAAGCCCCACACCAGACCCACUGAGACCUGAAGGACUGGGAGGAGUGGGGAUGUACCCGUUCACCAUGUGUGGGAAGGACUCAGGUACUUCCAGCCUCGGUCCUCCCUCCAGACUCCAUGCAGAGGGGAAGCCCUAUGAGUGUGGGGGCUGUGGCAAAGCUUUCAGCUAUAAUUUGUCCCUGAAGGAGCAGCAACGAAUUCACACCAGGGAGAAGCCAUUCUCAUGCAUCACAUGCGAGAAGCAGUUCACCUGGACGUCUUCCCUCACCAUCCACCAGCGUGUGCACACUGGGGAGAAGCUGUUCACCUCUGGGGACUGCAGAAAGGUCUUCAGCAGGAACAAGUACCUCAUCAUGCACCAGAGGACUUGCAGGGGUGAGAAGCCACUCGUGGUCCCGGAGUGCAGCCAGGCUGUCAGCCACAACUCCCCAAUUAUGGAUCAGCAGCGUGUGCAUACUGGGGAGAAGCCAUAUGUGUGCGUGGACUGUGGGAAGGCCUUCCGCCAGAACAAGCACCUUAUCGUGCACCAGAGCACUCACACCGGGGAGAAGCCGUACAUGUGUGGGCACUGUGGGAAGGCCUUUAGCCAAAACAAGUACCUCACUGUGCACCAGAGGACGCACACUGGGGAGAAGCCAUUCACGUGUGUGGAGUGCAGCAAGGCUUUCAGCCAGAAGGCUCAUCUCGUUCGUCACCAGAGGACGCACACUGGGGAGAAGCCAUACAUGUGUGGGGACUGUGGCAGGUCCUUCAGCCAGAACAAGCAUCUCAUUGUGCACCAGCGAACACACACAGGCGAGAAGCCAUUCAUGUGUCCAGAGUGUGGCAAGGCCUUCAACAGGAGCUCGUCUCUUAGGCUGCACCUGGGCACCCACACGGGUGAGCGGCCCUACUCGUGUGGCCACUGUGGCAAGACUUUUAGCCAGAAUGCCUACCUGAUCGAGCACCAGCGCAUCCACAUGGGGGUAAAGCCCUUGAAGUGCAGCAUUUGUGGAAAGACUUUCAGCAAGAACUUCUUACUCAUGCAGCACCUGCGUGUGCACACCGGUGAGAAGCCCUACAAGUGCAGCCAGUGCGGCAAGGCGUUUGGCUGUAACUCAUCACUGAGGACGCACCAGCGAAUUCACACUGGGGAGAAGCCAUAUGAGUGCAGGGAGUGCAGCAAGGCUUUCCGCUAUAGCUCAUGCUUGAAGAAUCACCAACGAAUCCACACUGGGGACAAGCCUUAUGAGUGCAGGGAGUGUGGAAAGGCUUUCCGUUACAAAUUGUGCCUAAAUAUGCACCAACACAUCCACACUGGGGAGAAGCCAUACCAGUGUGUGCAGUGUGGCAAAGCUUUUAGCUGUAACUCGAUUCUGAAGAAGCACCAACAAAUUCACACUGGAGAGAAGCCCUUCUCAUGCACCUUGUGUGGGAAGCAGUUCACCCAGCAGUCGAACCUCACGGUCCACCAGCGUGUGCAUACUGGGUGAAGCGUUCCAUGUGUGGGAACUAUGGCGAGGCCUUCAGCAGAGCGCUCAGCUCAUUGUGCAACAAAGACACACAAUGGGGAGAAGCAAUCCAAGUGUGCCCUGUGCAGGAGUGCCUUCAGCCAGAGCAUGCAUCUGAUGGAUGCACCAGUGGAUGCAUCGGCGAGAACACCUGGCUGAUCCAGCACCAGUGCUACCAAAAGGGGGUGAAGGCCUCCCAGUGUAGCCUGUGUGGAAAGACUUUCAGGAAGAACUUCUUCCUCAUGUUAUACCUGUGCUUGCACCCCGAGGACAGGCCCGACAAGUGCUCCAUCUGACAGAUGCACUGCGCAGAGCACUCGUUCCUGUGGCACACCGCCACACCUGGGAGAAGCCCUACAGGUGCAGCCAGUGUGGCAAGGCCUUUUAUAGGAACUACUUGCUCACCCUGCACUAGAGGAUCCAUAGGGAAGAGAAGCCCUGCGAGCAUGGCAAGGGAGAGAAGAUGUUUAGCCUGACCAUCUACCUCUGGGACACCUGAGAAGGAUGUGCCUGUAUUGGGGGCGGGCAGGGGGAGCAUGGGAUGUCAAAAUUCACACCCAACAGGCUGAUCCUGAGCCCGUGGGCCACUGCCAGGCUUGACAUUGGAGCUUACAGGUAGGACUCAAGAGAAGUCCUGUCCAGAUGGGUAUUAGGCAUGUGGAUUCUGGGGAGAGGCCACGCCAUACACACAAGCUGCUUCUAGAGCAUCUGCAGGGCCAUGAGGAAAGCAAGCUCUCUGUAGGUCUGGUAUCUGGGAGCGUGGCCAAGGGCUCUGUGGCUGGAGAUUGAGCUCAAAUAAACUUGACAUAUGAGUUUAGAGAAUGCAAUAGUGUCUCUGGGUCUCCAUCUCCUGGAUUGUAAAGUGGGGGAGGGGAAGAAGAAAGAAACUCUGGGGAGGUGGGCUCCAUGGGGACAUUCUCCUUGUCACACACACCUGGAUGUAGUGCAGAGGUCAGGUUGUUGCCAUCCCUUGGUUUCCUCAUCUUCCCACACCCAGCCUCCAGUUUCCCUGCAGCAGGAGCAGUUUCCAUGUGGUUCAUGAGGGGAAAAAAUUCUUUUUGUCAGCAUUAGAAAGUAACUAAUUGCUUCAUGUGCCCAAGUUUCACAUAGUGGUCUGUUCAAUUAUUUUUAAUGAAACUUUUAAUUAAUGGGAACCAAUGCCAUUUUAAACACUCUUAAGGGGCAAAAGAUACAGGUGCAGGUUGUCGUGUCAAAAAUGAGUGUCGUGAGUGUCAGCGCCUGGGGGGAGGGGGCAUGAAUUCCCCACCAGAACCCCCGAAAGCCAGCAAUGCUGACCCAGGUAUGAGGCCACCUGCCCCUCUCAGCCCUGGAUUCCUGACUUGGGAAAGCUCAGACCAGAAGGCAGGGCCCAGACCCUCGGCCUCAGAGAUCAGGGGAAGGGUCCCCCCUGUUGUAAGCCAGCCAGACUACCCCCUCCCUCCCAUCAGAGCUGUUUCCCUUACAGGAGAACAGUCCUGUCUCCGACCACAGGUAAUCCCCCACCUCCUUGUGCCUGUGGGAAUUCUUGUGAAAAUAAAGUCUCUUCAGUCAGAUGGGGGCAUUACCUUGUCUGUGCCUCACCCACAGCCUAGGUCAUGGUGUACUUAAUAUCUCAUUAUUGAUGUUGAUAGCAACCUAUUACCAAUAAUAAAUAGCAAGCAAUAUAAAAAUGGUGCUCUAUUAACAACAUUACACAAAGUAUUUAUUAAUAGAUGGGUAAUUCACUACUACUCAGAGCCCUGUUACUAUUCCAGGCUUUCCUCUGAUGAAACCAAGGCUCAGAGCUCUAAUAUUUCACAGGAUGAAAAUCUGGGGGCCAGUGAACACAGCAGGCUGUCUGACUCAAAGGCAAGCUUCUUAGUGGGGAGGUGCUCAAACCCCAUACUCCUGGGUAGAGCACAGUAUCAGCUUGUGUGGUCUGGAGGCCACUCCCAUUUACCCCCUCCCCCAUCCCAGAUAUGGUGGGCCUCAACAAGUGAAGGGAGAGGAACUUGGACACUUGGACAGGGAGAGGAGAGGAACAAGGAAAGGAGGGAAGGAAGGGGAACCAUGCAGCAGCGCUGACAAGAUCAGGAAGAAGUGGGUGACUGACUGGAACGGGUUGGGAGCAGGAACUCUGGCACCAGGUCUGCCCAGGCUCACACCCCAGCUGUGUGCUCCGACCAGUGCGGGCAUUUUCUGAGCCCGGUACCCUCAUCUGUAAGGAGAUUGAGUAAGGGAAUCUGCCCUGUGAUGUUAAGUGGGUUUUCUGAGCUAAUUCACACACGGUUCCUACAACACGUGCUGGGACCUGCUGGAGCAGGGCCGCCCCCAGCACUUCUGCAGGGACAGAAAACUGUGCUGUCCAUGUGGGGGCCACUGGCUACAAGGGGCAUUGAACUUGAUGUGUGGCCAGUGUAGCCUCAGAACUGAAUUUUUACCAGUGUUUAAUUUUAUUAAAUUGAUUUUAGAGAGUGAGGAAAGGAGAGAGAUUAAAAAGCUUUUGUCAUUCCACUUAUUUAUGCAUUCAUUGGUUGAUUCUUUUAUGUGAUCUGGACUUUGUUUAAUUUUAAUAAAUUUAUGUUUUCAUAGUUAAUUCUGGCUACUGGUUACUGCAUUGGACUGUGCAGCUCUAAAGCUUUAGCUAUUUUUGUUCUUGCUGGUGUGGCUUACGUGGUUGGGCAUUGUCCCACAAACUGAAAGAUUGUGGGUUCAAUUCCCAAUCAGAGCACGCGCCUGGGUCACAGG